GAGGGAACGACUUCCGGCAAGCGCCGCACCAUUGGAGUGUUGGACCCCGGAGACCGUGGCAGCUACUGCUACUCCCAGACCCUUGUGAUUGGGCUCAGCGGCUGUCUGAGGCCGAGCAAGCGGGAUGUUACGGGGUCUGGGCAGCUGGUUUGGCUUGGAACAGGGGUCGACAGGAGGUGAACCUCCGGCUGGGGGUAACCCCGAAGAGGCGACGGCGGCGGCGAGUGAGCUCGAGCAGCGGCCGAAGGAGUCGCGGGGAGGGGACGAAGAACUUCUCCACCAGGCCAAAGGCCUAGGCAAUUACCUAUUUAACUUUGCCACCGCUGCUACAAAAAAGAUAACUGAAUCAGUUGCUGAAACAGCACAGACAAUUAAGAAGUCAGUAGAAGAAGGGAAAAUAGAUGAUAUCAUUGACAAGACAAUCAUAGGAGAUUUUCAGAAGGAACAAAAGAAAUUUGUACAAGAACAACACACGAAAAAGUCAGAAGCAGCAGUACCUCCAUGGGUUGACAGUAAUGAAGAAGAAACAAUUCAGCAACAAAUAUUGGCCUUAUCUGCAGACAAAAGAAACUUCCUUCGUGAUCCUCCAGUGGGUGUUCAGUUUAAUUUUGACUUUGAUCAAAUGUAUCCUGUGGCUCUGGUAAUGCUUCAAGAAGAUGAACUACUGAACAGAAUGAGAUUUGACCUUGUUCCUAAACAUGUAAAAGAGGAAGUAUUUUGGAGGAAUUAUUUUUAUCGUGUCUCCCUGAUUAAACAAUCUGCACAGCUGACUGCACUGGCAGCCCAACAGCAGGCUGUGGGAAAGGAGGAAAAAUACAGUGACAGAGAAGGUGACUCACAGUUGACAGAGACAGUCCGACCUAAAACACCACCUGUUGCAAUUAAAUCUCAACUUAAACCUCAAGAGGAUGAGGAAGAGAUAUCAACUAGCCCUGGUGUAUCUGAAUUUGUUAGUGAUGCCUUUGAUGCUUGUAACUUUAAUCAGGAAGAUCUAAGAAAGGAAAUGGAACAGUUGGUUCUUGACAAAAAGGAAGAGGAAAUAACUGUAUUGGAAGAAGAAUCUGCAGAUUGGGAAAAAGAACUACAGCAGGAACUUCAGGAAUAUGAAGUGGUAACAGAAUCAGAGAAACGGGAUGAAAAUUGGGACAAAGAAAUUGAAGAAAUGCUUCAGGAAGGAAAUUAACAGUUUCAUGUAAUAUAUAUUCUUUAAACAGUCCACACACUGACAUGAAAUUCUGUUAGCAGCCUGAACUUCCCUUAAUAAGAAGAAACUGAAGAGUAUAUAAUGGCACAUUGAAGAUCAGUUUAUAGGGGGAAACCAGCAUAUUUCUUUGUUUAUAAUGAAUAUAAUUCAUUCCUAAUAAUCACCAUAACAAUAGCUUAUUUGAAUACUUAGGAACCCUACAGGCUAUAAUUGAUGUAAAUGUAGAAGAAAAUGAAGAAAGAUUUUAGAAUACUUUGAGAAAUUUUAGAAUUUCUUUGAGGUUAAAAGUAGGACAUCAUUAAUUUAUUCUUUAUGCAGAGUUUUAUAAAAUUUCUUCAUAUUUGUACUUUUAUCACUGAAAGUGCUCUAUACAUAUGCAUUAAAAUACUUCAUUCUCUUUAAUUAUUAUCUCCUAAAUGACCAAAUCAUGCCAAAGAACUUAGAGGAAACAUUUCAGAAUUACUGUAUGGGAGUAGCUUUUUUGGGUAAGUAUUUUCUGGAAAUCUACCUAAAAGCCCAGAAAUUUACUUCAUAUUGAUUUUCAAUAGUUUAACCCUGGAAUUGUUUCUAGUUUAUAAUUAGAAAACCAUUACCAUAGUAUGAGCUUUUUUUUUUUUUUUAAUGGAGAAUGCAGAGCUAGUCACUUUUUUUAACCGUAAAUAAUUUUAAUGAUUUUCUUUUUGAAUUAUUUUUGCCACUAUCAUUUCAGAUCUUGUAGGUGUGUUCAAAUCUUUUUUUGUAUUAAUGGUCCACAGAAGAUAUUUAAAUUUACCUUUUUUUUUUCUUGUUUAAGUAGAAUUGACAUGUAUAAAUACCUUAGCUUCAUACUAAUUAAACAGUUUUAUAUUUGUAAAAAGUUUUUAUGUUCCUCUGGAUAGAGACAUGCCAGAGUAUUACUAACCAUUGCUGACUGCACCCUGCUGAGCAGUGCUAGUAAAGACAUUUUUUAAAGGGACAACACUAAUUCCAUAUAACAAACUACUAGAGCAUUUGAUACAUUCUGAAGCCUUUACAUUUCAUUGAAGGUCUUUAUUUCCCAGGGUAGGGUUGGUGCUGAUGGUUAGCAGUUUUUUAAUAGGAAGGAAAAUACUCUAUUAGCAACUCAGGUCUGCAGACAUUAUCCCUUAACAUAUAUUUUAACAGAAACUCAUGGUGUGUCAUGUUGCCUCUGUGCUAAUAAAUUGUAAAUUACCAGUCAAGAUCAAACCUAACACCUCAGGGUCUUAAUUUUCUAAAAGUAUGGAACAACUGAUAAGUUUUCAAGAUUUUAAAAUCUAUAAUGGGUUUCUUUUUGAAGGGUACAAAGGUUGAGAGAAAGGGAACCUCUUCCUGAAGACCUUUCUAUCAAUGGGAAUCUUAAUUAAUAGGGUGAUGUUGGGUAGUAAAGACAAGCAAUGAAAGGUAGGAAAUGUUUGCUUAUUGAUAGAGCUGUGGAGUUUCUGCCCAGGGAAACAGGUAAAACAAUUUAGGGUAGAGGGAGGCAAAAUGUUAUGAGCCAGUGAGCUUAAAUAGCAAUAGAACCAUGAGACAACUUUAGCAAAAUAUAUUUUGCAUGAUACAGUUGGUCAUUGAAUUUUAUUUUAUUUUAUUAUUAGGCAAUUUUUUUUGCUUAGGCAAUUGGUCACACAGCCAGGAAGUAUUAGGUGUCUAAGGCCAGUUUUGAAUUCUUGUCCUCCUGAAUUCAGGGCUGGUACUCUACCCACUACACCAACUAGCUACCCGUUGAAUUUUAAAACAUAGCUUAGUUAUGAAUUGUCCUGUAAAUAUCUUUAUAAAUGAAAGAGAAAAGCAAGGCCUUAUUUUUCUGACAUUGUCAGAAAAUGAUUUAUAGAUAUCUAAAUUUGCCAAGUAACUGAAAUUGAAUCCUUUACUAAAACUGGGGAGAGGAGGGGGAAUUUACAUCUGAAUUAAAGCUCCAGUCUUUAUCAAUAGGUUCUACUGUGCCCCAUUUUUACCAUCAGUUAUAAUAUUAAAAAAUUGUGGGUUUGCAGAAAAGGAGCAGAUAACUAUCAAAUCAGUAAGGUUUUUUUGUUAUGCAAAAUUUUGCAUAAUUCCAAGUCAGUAAACUUUAAGGGUAGCAGCAUAUUGAAAGAAAUAAUGGGGUAACUUUUUUCAGUGGCAUGGUUUUCUGGUUGCCACCUGUAAUCCAGAUUGAAAUUGUUUGAAAUCUAACUGCUUAUCCAAUAUAAAUACAUAUUGGAUAAGAAUAAAUGUUUAAAAAGCCAGCAAUUAUGAAUAGCAUAAAAUUUAAAAAAAAUUUUUUUUGCUGAGGCAUUUGGAGUUAAGUGACUUGCCCAGGGUCACACAGCCAGAAAGUGUUACUUAACCCUUGUCUGAGGCCAGAUUUGAAGUCAGGUCCUCUUGAAUUCAGGGCUGGUGCGCUAGCCACUGUACCACCUAGCUGGCCUAAUAAAAUUAUUUAAGCUAGUUUGGGCAAAUAUAUUUAAAUACUAAAAUAUCGGAGUAGAUCUAUAUUAUAGGUUAUAAGUGUUCAAACAGCGUGGAACAAAUCCACAGAGGGCUGCCAUUUUUGGCAAGAAAAAAUUUUCUGUUGAGUUAAACUUGGAUCUGAUCUAGUUUUCCCUCUUCAUUUUAAAAUGGAAGCCCUUAGUUCUAAUUUUUAAGAUUUUUAAGUCAAUGAUUUUUAAAUUGGAAAUGAAGGAUUUAUCAAGGUACAUUAUAGUCACUAUAUAUAUCUUUUUCAUAUUCUCUUUUUUAAGUGAGUAUUUUCAAGGUCAAUAGUGCUCAAGAUUAAAGCAUUUUAAGGAAUAUAAACAAUUUUUUUUUACAAUUACAACAUUACAAUUUCUCUAUGACUUACAAAAUAUGUGUACAUAAUCUUAUAUUUUUAGAUAUAAAUAUUCUGAUGGAGUUUGUGUAGGGUGGUUUUUUGUUUUGGAGAGUUUUUGCCUUUGAUAGGAGGAAACACUAAAAUAUUAAGAAAUUAAUUAUAUAACUGGGUCUCACAGUUUCAUUUUGGGAGUUUGCUGUGUUGUGUGUGCUUUUUUUUUAAAUUAAAAAAAUUAAAGACAGUUAUUGCCAAUAAUUUUAUCAUGAGGAAUAAGGUAAGUUACUUCGUAAAGUUUCACAUCCUAAAUUAAGGAAAAGCCUAAAAUGAUACAUAAUCCAUAAUUUGUUACCAAGAAGAAUAGUGUCUUAUAUUAAAGCUCGUUAUAAGCUUAAGAUAACAGCACAUGAAAAAGUAUAUAUAUGUAUGUAAUUGUUGAAAGCAUUUAAAGCAGGUAUUAUAGCUACUUUAAAAAUCUGUUAAUUCCUCAUUAAACCAUUAUGAAUCAUUAAUGAUUUGCUCAGGGAUUCAUUUAACUAUUGCUAUUUGUAAUUUUUAUUUUUAAAAAAUUAGCAUGGAAUUCACUCAAUACAUCCAGAUAACUUAGCUUAAUUAUAAAUUUUUGAUGCACUUUAUCCUGAAUAAAUCCUGAUUUCAGAAGGAAA